AUGGCGAUCGGCGGCGUACUCUUGUCUGUGCACUACCAGUGGACAACUGGAUACUGGAUACUGGAUACUGGAUACUGGAUACUGGACACGGGACUUACCUGGCAGGCUGGUACUCAAACAUCCAACCCGACAGCCAUCAACCACGGCUUUCUCGAGUCAAGCGCCCUGCAGGUGGCCACCUGGUCCGCUAGUCCGCAUCUGGAAUUGCAGAGGUGA